CCGGCGGGCAGUGCAGCACAGAGGCUUAUCACUGUCGAUGUGUGGUGAUCCGGACCAGACCAAGUCCAUGUAUGUACGCUAGCCUAGCGUCACCAGCAACACAACGCCGCGGAUCACACUCAUUUUCACAAGGGUCUAUCAACAGUAAACUCUCGCAGAGGCGUCUUCCACAUCUUUCGCUCGAUAACAGCCGGUCUUAAAGCUGAAGGUCAAGGUGGAGGCCGUUAUUUGAUGUGAAAGGGUGUAGAUCUGCGCGCCUACAGAGAGAGAGAGCGAGACUCCAAGCACACAAGAUGGAGUGCCAGUGGAAACCCGACGAGCAGGGACUUCAGCAGAUCUUACAGCUGCUCAAGGAAUCACAGUCCCCCGACACAUCCACGCAACGAUCCGUCCAACAAAAACUUGAGCAGCUCAAUCAAUACCCGGACUUCAACAACUACCUGAUAUUUGUGCUCACAAAGCUAAAGACCGAAGAUGAGCCCACUCGGUCUCUCAGUGGUCUCAUUUUGAAGAACAACGUUAAGGCCCAUUACCAGAACUUCCCAAAUGGUGUGUCUGACUUCAUCAAAAAUGAGUGCCUGCAAAACAUCGGAGACUCCUCACCGCUCAUUAGAGCCACAGUGGGUAUUCUGAUCACAACUAUAGCCUCUAAAGGGGAGUUACAAAACUGGCCGGAGCUUCUACCUAAACUUUGUUUACUGCUGGACUCAGAGGACUAUAAUACUUGUGAAGGGGCUUUUGGAGCUCUGCAGAAGAUCUGUGAGGACUCUGCUGAGAUCCUAGACAGUGACAUGCUGGACCGACCACUCAACGUGAUGAUCCCCAAGUUUCUGCAGUUCUUCAAGCACAGUAGCCCCAAGAUCAGGUCUCAUGCCAUUGCCUGUGUGAACCAGUUCAUCAUCAGCAGAACACAGGCCCUGAUGUUGCACAUAGAUCCUUUCAUUGAGAACCUGUUUGCACUGGCAGGUGAUGAGGAGCCUGAAGUGAGGAAGAAUGUGUGCAGAGCUUUAGUCAUGCUCUUGGAAGUCAGAUUAGACCGUCUCCUUCCUCACAUGCACAACAUCAUUGAGUACAUGUUGCAGAGGACUCAAGAUCAGGAUGAAAAUGUCGCUCUGGAGGCCUGUGAAUUUUGGCUCACGCUUGCCGAGCAGCCUGUGUGUAAGGAGGUUCUGUGUGGACACCUGCCUAAAUUGAUACCGGUUCUUGUGAAUGGAAUGAAGUACUCUGAGAUUGACAUAAUCCUGUUGAAGGGUGAUGUUGAGGAGGAUGAAGCAAUCCCGGACAAUGAGCAGGACAUUCGUCCCAGGUUCCAUCGCUCACGCACUGUGGCCCAACAACACGAGGGUGGAGACUCCAUUGAGGAAGAUGAUGAUGAAGAUGAUUUGGAUGAUGAUGAAACCAUCUCAGAUUGGAACUUGAGGAAAUGUUCUGCAGCUGCACUAGAUGUCCUGGCGAAUGUUUUCAGAGAUGAUUUGCUUUUGCAUAUCCUUCCUUUACUGAAAGAACUACUGUUCCAUCCAGAGUGGCUUGUUAAAGAGUCUGGCAUACUUGUACUGGGAGCCAUUGCUGAAGGCUGUAUGCAGGGGAUGAUCCCCUACUUGCCGGAGUUGAUUCCUCAUUUGGUGCAGUGUCUGUCUGAUAAGAAGGCACUGGUUCGAUCCAUCACUUGCUGGACUCUAAGCCGCUAUGCACACUGGGUUGUUAGCCAGCCCCCUGACAUCUACCUCAAACCGCUCAUGACAGAACUGCUCAAACGGAUACUUGACAGCAACAAGCGUGUCCAAGAGGCCGCUUGCAGUGCCUUUGCUACCCUGGAAGAGGAGGCUUGCACUGAGCUGGUACCGUACCUUGCUUAUAUUUUGGACACGCUGGUUUUUGCUUUCGGUAAAUACCAGCACAAGAACCUCCUCAUCCUCUAUGACGCCAUCGGGACUCUGGCUGACUCUGUGGGCCACCAUCUCAACAAACCAGAAUAUAUUGAGAUGCUGAUGCCUCCAUUGAUUCAAAAAUGGAACCAGUUGAAGGAUGAAGAUAAAGACCUUUUUCCCUUACUGGAGUGUCUCUCAUCUGUGGCCACGGCCCUGCAGAGCGGCUUCCUGCCAUACUGUGAACCUGUCUACCAACGCUGUGUCAACCUGGUCCAGAAAACACUCGCCCAGGCCGUGCUCCACCAGACUCAGCCUGAGUUUUAUGAAGCUCCUGAUAAAGAUUUCAUGAUUGUGGCUCUGGAUCUGCUCAGCGGGUUAGCAGAGGGUCUUGGAGGGAACAUUGAACAGCUAGUUGCCCGUAGCAACAUUCUCACUCUUAUGUACGAGUGCAUGCAGACUGUGUUUUCUCAGGAUAAAAUGCCAGAGGUUCGCCAGAGUUCUUUUGCUCUGCUGGGAGAUCUGACCAAAGCCUGCUUCCAGCAUGUCAAACCUUGCAUCGCUAACCUCAUGCCUAUCCUAGGCACAAACUUGAACCCAGAGUUGAUAUCAGUCUGCAACAAUGCCACAUGGGCCAUUGGAGAAAUAUCCAUUCAAAUGGGUUCUGAGAUGCAGCCGUAUGUACCGAUGGUUUUACAGCAGCUUGUGGAGAUCAUAAACAGACCCAACACACCCAAGACACUGCUGGAGAAUACAGCAAUAACAAUUGGUCGUCUUGGUUACGUUUGUCCUCAAGAGGUGGCACCCAUGCUACAGCAGUUUAUAAGACCCUGGUGCACCUCUCUUCGCAAUAUAAGAGACAAUGAAGAAAAAGACUCUGCGUUCAGAGGAAUCUGCACCAUGAUCACGGUCAACCCUGGUGGUGUGGUGCAGGACUUUAUAUUUUUCUGUGAUGCCGUAGCAUCCUGGAUGAACCCAAAAGAUGAUCUUCGAGAAAUGUUCUACAAGAUCUUGCAUGGGUUUAAGAACCAGGUUGGAGACGAGAAUUGGAGACACUUUUCUGACCAGUUUCCUCUUCCACUCAAAGAAAGACUUGCAGCCUUCUAUGGGGUGUAGAUGUUACCUGAUUGAAGAGCUUAUUCACUAUAGGAGAGGAUGGGAACCUCUAAUACCCAGGGCAUACUUUGCCCUUUACCUGGGGGGAAGGGUGGUCUAGCAGGGGUGGGAGCCAUACGGCCCACUGGACCCCUGUA